AUGCGAAUUCUCACCGAUGAGCUGCUUGUUGAGACGUCGACGAUCUCGAGCAGUCGCCACCGACUACCUGAUCUCCACUGCAGCCGAUGGCAUGCCACUGCAGCAGCAGCAGCAACCACCACUUUACAGACUACAUCCUGUACUGUCCUAGAUCCUCCUGUAUCCUGUGACGUGAAAUCCACUAAGCCCUCAGCCAUCAUCUAUAAAGAGCGAGCGAGAGAUCUGCUGCUGCUUCUAACGAGCCUCCAGACGUCCUCAUCAUUCUAG